AUGGCAUUGACUCUUAUGAAAUUAAGAUUAGGUCUUUUGAAUGAAGACUUAGCUACAAGAUUCAACAUCAGUGCUCCCCAUAUCUCAAAAAUCUUCACUACAUGGAUCAAGAUUCUAUCCAAAUUUCUUGGAACCUUGGUGUUCAAUCCAUCCAAAGAAGUAGUGCGUGAAAAUCUACCACCAUCCUUCAGAAGCAAAAAAUAUUCAUCUGUGCGCCAUAUCAUUGACUGUACUGAGGUAUUUUUAGAGAAACCGCAAAAUCUAGAGGUGCAGACAAAAACGUGGUCAGAUUAUAAACACCAUCAUACUGCUAAGUUUCUGAUCAGCAUCAACCCAUCCGGGAUGAUUAAUUUUAUAUCAGACUGCUGGGGAGGUAGAACCAGCGAUAAAUACAUCACAAAUAGAUCUGGUUUCUACAGUUUGAUUGAACCCUAUGAUGUCAUCAUGGCUGACAGAGGAUUCCAAAUCAAAGAAGAGGUUACCCUUCUUCAUGCCAAUUUGAUGGUUCCACCAGGACGUAGAGGAGCUUGCCAAAUGUCAGCUGACGAAGUACAGCAAACAAAGCAAAUAGCAAACAGGCGUAUAUAUGUUGAGCAAGCCAUUCGCAGAAUGAAGUAUUUCAGAAUUCUGAAGCAUGAAGUCCCUGCUACUUUAUUUCAGCAUUUAGAUGAUAUAAUUAAAACUGUUGCUGGCAUUUGCAACUUGUAUCCUCCCUUGCCUAAAUACAAAUAA